CUCAACAUCGGCUUUCUUUCACUUGGUUACGAACCAUCGUCCAUCGAAGAUGAACCGGAACAUUGUGCUCGCCACCAUCGUUGUUCUGAUCCUGGCCUUGUCCACGGUCUACGCGGAAGUCGUACAUUGGACACCGUGUCCAGCCGAAUCCGAAGAACGCAUUGUACAAUGUAUCAUACAUGAAGUACGUGUAGAUCCAUGCAGAGAAGCCGAAGAAAGAAAGCCUUGUUCCUUAAAAAGAGGUCGUAAUGCGAGUAUAAGUUUUGAUUAUACCGCUGAUUUUAGUGGGAAUGCGUUAUCCAGCAGAGCAUAUUGGGCUUCUGAACUCGUGGAUUUGCCAUUCUUGGGCAUGCCACUUGAUGCAUGCACAUCCACUGUUUGCCCAGCUUCGCCUGGCCAAAGGCAAAUAUAUUCUGUAAUAUUGCACAUCUCUAAGAAAUUCCCUGCUCGAACAUAUGAUCUCAAAUGGAAGCUGUGGAAUGAGCAAGAGCAAGAGUGUUGUUUCAUGUUCCAAAUUAAAUUGGUGAAAUGAUUGUUGUUCUCAAAUUCUAUGUGUCUGCAAUAAUUAUAAUUCGUCAAUUAAUAAUUUAAUGAAAUAAAUUGAUAUAAUCAUAUCAA